GCAUCUUCAUCUUCCCCCUAACCCGCCCCUUCUUCUCUCCCUCAGCUAACGCAGCCUUCUUCCUCCCGGGAGAUUUCUCUUCACACUGUCCCUCAAUUCUGCCGCUCAGCGUAAACAGCAUGUCCAACAAAGCUCUCAUCCUCGUUUGUAUCCUGCAUCUCGCUUCUGCUGCAACCAUAGCUGAUGACUCUAGGUCGGAGGUCCCUCUAGGGGAACUAGAUUCCGUCCGUUAUCUCUCGAUCUCCCGAAGGUAUUGUUUUGUCCCAUCUUGGAGCUAGAAACCGUUUAAUAAUUAAUGUCGUAGCCCCUGUUCGAGGUUGCUGGCCACCCCCUUAUUUACCAUCCCCUCAAGGCGGUCGCGAAAGUUCCUUCCAUCAAAGAAGUUUACAUGAUUGGCUACUACGAGGAAUCUAUUUUCGCACCAUACAUUCGGCAGUGGUCCACCGAAUUCCCUCAGUUCGCGAUUAGGUACCUACGCGAGUAUACUGCUUUAGGAACCGCGGGAGGCCUGUACCAUUUCCGUGAUGCUAUUAUGAAGGGUAACCCGAGCAGGCUUUUUGUUAUUAACGCGGAUGUCUGCUGUUCUUUCCCUCUCAAAGAGAUGCUGGAUCUUUUUGAGGAAAAAGAGGCAGAGGCAGUGCUAUUGGGAACUAGGGUUAGCAAUGAGGCGGCGAGCAAUUUUGGAUGUGAGAUACCCCUCCGGCCCCUCGGUGGUCCGUGCGUAUUUUAAUCUUUUGCCUUCAUAGGUAUUGUCGUCGACCCAAAGACCUCUCAAGUCCGCCAUUAUGUUGAGAAACCAGAGUCUCAUAUCAGCAAUUUGAUCAAUUGUGGAGUCUACCUCUUCAGCUCCUCGGUUUUCUCUCUUAUUCGCUCGGCAAUGGAGGACAAGGCCAUUCGCCUCGCCUCGGAUCCCACCCUUGACCCCAGCGACGGUGACACCUCUUCUGUCCUGCGCUUGGAGCAAGACAUCCUUGGCCCCCUCUCAGACUCGCGUCGUUUCUUUGUUUACGAAACGCGUGACUUUUGGCGUCAGAUCAAGACUGCUGGUUCGGCUGUCCCCGCUAAUGCGCUCUACUUGCAGAAGGCCUGGCAAUCAGAAUCAAACGAGCUUAGCCAGCCUUCGGCAUUCAUUGUUCCCCCGGUUUACAUUCACCCAACUGCGGUGGUUGAUCCCACGGCUAAGCUAGGACCUAAUGUUUCCAUCGGUCCUAGAGCAGUGAUUGGAGCAGGCGCCCGUGUCAAGGAAAGUAUUGUUCUAGAGGAUGCGGAAAUCAAACACGACGCCUGUGUUUUGUACUCGAUUAUCGGUUGGCAGAGCAAGGUCGGUGCAUGGGCCCGUGUCGAGGGAACUCCAAUGAGUGUGGCAGAGCACUCUACAACUGUCGUCAGGAACGGUGUUCGUGUGCAAAGCGUCAGUAUCCUCAGCCGGGAUUGCAAGGUUGGAGACGAAGUGAGAGUUUGGAAUUGCGUCACCUUGCCAUUCAAGGAAUUGAAGAGGGUAUUUCUUCCUUCUAGUGUGCCUCCGCUUAAUUUGGUACUAAUGCGGUUCCUCAGGACGUUUCCAACGAAGUCAUUAUGUAAUUUUGCCGUUCGGUGACCUAACAGCGAAGCUCUUGUCGGAGAAAAGUCGGAAAUACAUGUCUGGGAAAAAGAUUACUGCCCUCUAUACCUUGUAUCUAAGGAGUUGGUGAAUUCACUAUCCUCUUGGUUAUCUAUAUCAAUUGCAAUUAGUUUUGGGG